AUGCCACAACUGAAUCGGGGGGCUCAUUUGACCGGCCUGCCAAGCAUUCAUGGGAUGAAGGAAUGGCUGGGUGAACUUGGUCAUUCAGCCGAGGAUAUCAACCGUCUGAACGUGAUUCACGUUGCUGGUACGAAAGGCAAAGGAAGCACAUGUGCAUUCAUCGAGUCUUUUCUACGAACCCACGGCAAGAGGACCGGAUUUCCAAGUAAAACAGGACUCUACACCUCACCCCAUCUCAUCUACCCGGAAGAGCGAAUAAGGAUCAACUUCCAGCCUCUAUCACGAGACCUCUUCGCGAAGUAUUUUUUUGAAGUAGAAGAUGUUCUUUCGAAAGGCGAAGGCAGGAGACCCCGCUACCUUCAACUAUACUUUAUCUUCGCCCUCCAUGCAUUUAUACGAGAAGGCGUCGAUGCAGCUAUCAUCGAGGCCCAUCACGGCGGAGAAUAUGACUCCACGAACGUCGUUAAGAAGCCUAUCGUUACCUGCGUCACAACUCUUGGACUCGAUCAUGUCGAACAACUUGGAUCUUCCCUGGAGAGUAUAGCCUGGCACAAAGCUGGUAUCUUCAAGCCUGGCGCCCGAGCUGUCGCAGCUCCAGCUGUGCCCGAAGCGACAUCUAUGCUUCAAAAUCGCGCAGUGGAAAAGGCCUCCACGCUAGAAUUCGCAGAAAUAGAUCUUGUGUUACCAGAUGGAGCAAUCCAGAUCAAGCCCGAUACUCUACGCACAAAUUGCUCCGUAGCCAUCUCAGCAGCCCGUGCAUUUCUCGAGGAAACGACAGGCGAGAAACCAUCACCCUUGAGCGAUACAGAUAUCAUCGAAAGUAUCAGACAAUGGUCUUGGCCCGGGCGUUUUCAGAUUGAGGUCGAGGGCCAAAACACCUGGUAUCUAGACGGAGCUCAUAACGACAUCGGCCUCACUGCUGCAGCUGAAUGGUUCCUCUCCCACGCCCAAUCUUCCGCCUCCCCCAAGAUCCUCAUUUUUGCUCAAAUAAGUCAUGUUCGAAAAGGUGGUCCUGUCGUCGAAUGCCUAGCUCGGGCUUUGCAAGGAAAGGUAGACCAUGUAAUUUUCACCACCUAUCGACGAAACCAAGAUUCCCCAGAAGGGAGAAGCGAGAAAGAAUUUAAUAUUGACGGGUUGCAGAAGGUGUAUGUGGAAGCAUGGAAGCAGAUACACCCUGCUACCGAGAUUCUGGUCCAACGUACGAUUAAGAGCGCACUUGACGCUGCGAGGAGGAUCGGGGAGAGUGGUGAUGGUGGGAUGCAGACUCUCAUUACUGGAAGUCAGCAUUUAGUGGGACCUGCUUUAGCGCUUAUCAGACCGCCGCCAGCGGAAGAAGUGGUAUAG